AUGGCCGCCUGCGUGCUGGGCCUAGCGCCUACUCUCGUUAGCAUGUGGCCCCUCUGCCGCGCUACCGCCGGCUCCCCCGCUACAGAGGCCUCCACCGCGGCCGCUCAUGCGUCGCGUCGCGGCGUGGGCGCGGUCAGCUCGGCUCUAUUCGGUCUUCGGGGAAGGCACUCCGUAUCUUCAGCGCAAUUCAUGGAUGGUCUUAGAAGUAAUCUUCAAGUGGAAACGAACUUGGCACUUUCCCCAAAGGCACCAAAGUCUAACGGGAGUGAUGAUUUAGCCAUAACCUGUAAAGGAUUCUGUACAAUAUCAUGGAACCUGAAAGCAGAUGUACAAGAUGGGUGCUUAAUAUUCAUAACAGGAGACCCGGUUACCCUGGGCUGCUGGGAAUCCAACAUGGCUGUUCAGUUGGCUCCUUCUGUUGAAAGCAAUAAUAUAUGGACAGCUGAAAUAAAGGUACCGUAUGGAGUGCAUUUCAAAUAUAAUUAUUUUGUUCGAGAAGAAAUGGGUUCAUCUUCUGAUAUUAUAUGGAGGCCAGGUCCAGUAUACUCCUUAUCAAUACCUUCAGUUGGCCAGAAAAAGCAGGUCAUUGUUGUGAAGGACCUAUGGACGAAAACCAGUCUAGCAGGUCUUCCUACUCCUUCAUGGGGAUCAUGGCUGAUGGAAGCUGGUUCUCUUGAAGGUGAACUUUUUGAUGGUGGAAAUAAUCAGAGCAUUGUGAAAGAUCACUCUGCCAGGGAUACAUCAAAUCAAGGUUUAUCUGUAGGUGAUCAUAUUAUAUUCAAGCUUGGGAAUGGCACACCUUUACAUGCAAAACUGUUGUUGGAUAAUCAAUCUAGCAUCGUGCACAACUAUGUAACUGAAAUACCAACUGCCAGUUAUAUAAGCCAACAUGGAAGGUCUCAAGUCGUAGAGGAGCCAUGGAUUCUUGAAUCAAUUGUGUCUGCAAAGAAACCAGUUGCAAAAGUCAAAGAUAAGAAAGGGCAAAAGAAGUUUGUAAAUUAUAAGCACACUUUGAGUGGAGUUAGUAAAAACAUGCAUCAACAGGAUCAGCCUGUUGAAGAGCCCUGGUUAUUUCAAUCUAUAUUGGAACUAAAUGAAACUAUAGUUCAUGCUGAUGGAAAAACAGAAGCAAGGGAUAUUAUCAGAAAAUUAAGGAAAAUAGAAAAACCUCCAACACCUUUGGAUGAGAGUAAGCCAACUGGUGAUGAACCUUCAUCAAGAGUUAUACUUAUGAACUCCUCUGUCUGCACUAUUCAGAGAAUUGCAGUAUUAGAAGAUGGAAAACUAGUUGAACUCUUGCUGGAACCCAUAAAAAACAAUGUACAGUGUGAUAGUAUUUAUUUAGGUGUAGUAACAAAGCUCGUUCCUCAUAUGGGAGGAGCAUUUGUAGAUAUUGGAAUUUCAAGGCCUUCACUUAUGAGCAUAAAGCAAAACCGAGAUCCUUUUGUGUAUCCUCAAGUUUUUAAGAACCGAGGAACAGAUCCUGUUGAUGAUUCUUAUUGUAAUGAAGAGAACCUUCCAACUUAUGAAAACGAUGAUGAUAUGAGUGAUGACGAGUUUGCAGAUGAAGAAACUCAUGAUGGUUCAUCAUUUCCAGUUGAGAAUAUUACAGAUAAUGAAGAAGGUGUGGUGCUAACAUCUGAUGCUAAGAUAAACAAUGUCGAUGAUGAUGAAUUUGACAGCAUUUCUGUUAAUGACGAAGACAAAGAUGAAGAAAAUGAUCACAUGGAAGAUGAAUAUAGUGAGGACAUACUGCAAGGAGAUCAAUCAGAAAUUUCCAAUGAUCUUAAGACUUUAUCUUCAAUUCAACAUGCUUUAAGAGAAUCUAAUGAUGACACAAAUGGAAGCAGGUGGUCUCAAGUUCGCAAGGGCACAAAAGUUAUGGUUCAAGUUGUCAAGGAAGGAUUAGGUACGAAAGGUCCAACACUUAGUCCAUUUCCAUGCCUGCGAAGCCGAUUUUGGAUACUGGUUUCCCGUGGCAACAAAGUUGGGGUAUCCAAAAAGAUUACCGGAAUAGAGCGCACCAGGUUAAAGGGCAUCACGAAAUUACUGCGACCUCCUGGAUUUACUUUGACGGCUCGUACAGUUGCAGCUGGUCAUUCCUGGGAGGAACUGCAGAAGGACCUUGAUGGCUUGCUAUCUACCUGGAAAGGAAUAACUGAGCAUGCUCAAUCUGCUGCCUUGGCUGCUGAGGAGGGUGUGGAAGGUGCUGUUCCUGUAAUGUUGCACAGAGCAAAGGGUCAAACUUUAUCUGUUGUUCAAGAUGAUUUUAAUGAAAAGGUCAAGAGACUGGUUGUGGAUUCUCCUCGAACAUAUCAUGAGGUUACAAGCUAUCUUCAAGAAGUUGCACCUGAGCUCUGCAGCCGAGUUGAGCUUUAUGAGAAAAGAAAACCUAUAUUUGAUGUAUACAACAUCGAGAAGGAGAUAGACAGUAUCCUUUGCAAAAGGGUACCACUAUGCAAUGGGGGUUCUCUGGUCAUAGAACAGACUGAAGCUCUGGUUUCAGUUGAUGUGAAUGGUGGUCACAGUAUGUUUGGUCAGGGAACAUCACAGGAGAAGGCUAUUUUAGAAGUCAAUCUUGAAGCUGCAAAGCAAAUUGCCCGUGAGUUGCGCUUGAGGGAUAUUGGUGGCAUUAUAAUUGUGGAUUUUAUCGAUAUGUCAGAUGAUUCGAACAAAAGGCUAGUAUAUGAAGAAAUGAAGAAAGCAGUAGAAAAGGAUCGAUCGACAGUUGGUGUUUCAGAACUAUCAAAGCUAGGUUUGAUGGAAAUAACUAGAAAAAGGGUCCGACCAAGUGUUACUUUCAUGAUCAGUGAGCCAUGUACAUGCUGCCAUGGUACUGGUCGUGUGGAAGCUCUUGACACAUCCUUUUCAAAGAUUGAACGUGAAAUAUGUCGACGUCUCGCUGCCUCACGACGAAAAUCAGACCCUGAGAAACCAAAAUCAUGGCCAAGAUUUGUGCUUAGAGUGGAUCAUGAGAUGUGCACGUAUUUGACGUCAGGAAAGAAGACAAAACUAGGACUCCUGAGUAGCUCCCUUAAAGUGUGGAUUUUGUUGAAGAUUGCCAGAGGUUUCUCCCGUGGUGCCUUUGAACUGCUACCAUACUCAGAGAAGGAAAAUUGUGCGGAGAAAGAAACAUCAUCAGAGUUGCCCCAGAAAGAGGGGAGGCCCAAGCUAUCUGUUUUUCCUAUCAAGAAGUGGAUGAGCCGGGCGAAGCGUGCUAAGUGA